AUGAAAAAUUUUUCAAUACUUUCUCGUGAUGACCUUUCACUUGCUUAUUAUGAUUGGCUGGCUAAAAAUUGCAACUUACCAUAUGGUUUAUUAAUUGUUACGCAUGGUAUUAGUGAACAUAGUGGCCAGUAUGAAAAUUUAAUUGAAUUUUAUAACUUUCCACAUAUCUUUGGAGUCACAGUCAAAGAUUUCGAUAUAUUAAUAAGUGUAGCAACGCCAAGAUAUACAUCUUGCCCAACUGUACUUCAUGGACAUUCAAUGGGUGAAACUUUAGUAUUAUCUUAUACAUUUGAUUGA